GUCUGUGCGGGCAAGUCGACGGUUACGAACUGCAGUUCCACCUUCGGAAACAAUUCUGAAAUGUUGUUGUCCGCCGGUUCUUUGACUUUAUCUCCGGCUUGAAAUCAAACGGAACAACAGCCGCUCCGCCGGAAGCCGGAAGCCGCGGAGCAGCGCGCGGGGGGGCAGCAGCGCGAGGCAUGUCGUGCGCAGAGAGCUACCUGGCCAUCAUCCGCUACCUGACCGAUGAGCGCGAGCCCUACGCCCCCGGGACCCCCGGCAACACCAAGCGGAAGAUCCGGAAGGCGGCCACCUGCUACGUGGUCCGGGACGGGACCCUGUUCUACCAGCGCCGGCUCAAGGGCCAGAACGACUUCACGGAGCUGGAGGUGGUUCUGCAGGACGGCCGGAGGGAGGAGCUCAUCGGGGAGGCCCACGUGGUCUGCGAGGGCGAGGAGCACCUGAACCAGCAGCUCACCUGGGACUCCAUCUCCCAGAAGUACUGGUGGAGAGGGAUCCUGAAGAACGUCAAAGACCACAUCAGGGAGUGCUCUUCGUGCCAGAGCCGGCGCGACGACGGCUCCGCCUCCCGGACCUUCUCCCGGCCCGGGAGGCGCAAGACGGCGGCCACCGCUGGGGAGGAGGAGCAGCAGCAGGAGGAGGAGGAGGAGGAGGAAGAGGGAGACGAGGGCUUAGGCUUCACCAAACCGACCCCCAAACACGAGCUGGUCUUUGUGGACAGUAAGGGCGAGGUGAACCAGUUCCUCCCUAAACACAGCCAGACCAUGUUGGACAAACUGAACCAGCAGCGCCUCCUGAACCAGUUCUGUGACAUCACGCUGCUGAUCGAGGGGGAGGAGCAUCGCGCCCACAAGGCCGUGCUGGCGGCGUGCAGCGAGUACUUCAACGAGCUGUUCUUCGAGAAGGGCGCCGCCUCCACCCACGAGGCCGUGGUGGACCUCUCCGGUUUCACCAAAGUGAGCUUCCUGCCGCUGCUGGACUUCGCCUACACGUCCACGCUCACCUUCAACUUCUGCGUCAUGGCCGACAUCGCCAACCUGGCUCGCCACCUGCUGAUGACGGAGGUGCUGCAGAUCUGCGAGUCGGUGCACCGGCAGGUGGAGGAGCAGAAGCUGACGGUGUACCAGCGCGGCGACGUGCACACGGUGGUGUCGAGCCGGCUGGCGCCGCCCGGCGGCCCGGCGGACGACGCGGCCGCCUUCACGGUCACCAUCGAGAGCGAUGGGCGCGCCGUGGUCACGCAGGGCGGGGAGCCCGUUGCGUUCGUCGCCACCCCCGAGGAGGCCUACCUCGCCGAGGGGGAAGAGGUGCAUCGUGGGACGGAGGCGGCGGCCGAGACUGUGACUCUGAUCGCAGAGCCGGAGGAGACGCUCACGCUGAUCUCCGGUGGCGGUGCCGCGCCGGAGGACGCCGGCACGAUGACCGUGGUCACCCACAGCGGGCAGGCCGGGGCCAGCGAGUCCCUCGCCGUGGUGUCCGCCUGCCUGGAGAUGGAACGCCGGGCGCCGCCCUCGGGGGCGGGACCCUUUGUCAUUAACGUGGACCCGGACACAGUGAGUCCCCCGGAGGCCGUCACGCCGUCCUCUGAAGCGGUGGUGCCGGCGGUGGAGGAGGCGGUAGAACCGGCGCCCCAGAAGCGUAAGCGUGGGCGUCCGGCCAAAGUGAAGAAGGAGGUGGAGCUGGAGGAGUACGUCGCUCUGGAGGAGGAGGAGCCCUCCGCCGACGACGAGGGUCACGACCCCAACCGGAGACGGCUCCGGCAGCGCUCCAUCGCCGAGGGCGGCUACGCCCGGCUACACAUGGGGCUGGAGGAGGAGGAGGAGGGCAGGAGGGGGGGGGGCACCUCGCCGCGAGCCGCCACGCCCAAGGUGCCUCUGAGGACGGGUAAGAGGGGCAGACCACCAAAGCAGCCGGUGGAGGCUGAAGGUGACGGACAGUCUGAGUUGGGGGCGGAGCCUGAGCCCGGCGCCGCGGAGGGCGUGACGCCUCCGGAGCUCGGCGCGGGGACGAAGGGGGCGGAGCCAGAGGCCGCGGGUGCCAAGCGGGAAGCCACCGGAGACGGAGAGCACACGUGCUCCGAGUGCGGCGCGUCUUUCCAGAGACGAUACUCGCUCAUCAUGCACACGCUGAAACACGAGAAGGCUCGAGGGUACAAGUGUAGCCUGUGCAGUAAGGAGUUCCAGUACGCCGCCUCGCUCCGGGCCCACCUGGCCCGGCACAAGCAGCAGAGCAGCCAGCGGGCGCCGGUCCCCAAGCCGCCCGGCGCGGAGCUCAAGCCAGACGGCGACCUGGACGAGAAGACGGCGUCGUCGCCGCACACCAAGAGGGAGUUUGUGUGUGACAUCUGCGGGAAGACGCUGCCCAAGCUCUACUCGCUGAGGAUCCACAUGCUGAACCACACGGGGGUCCGGCCGCACGCCUGCAAGGUCUGCGGCAAGACCUUCGCCCACAAGCACAGCCUGAAGAUGCACCGCGCGCUGCACGACGCCUCCAAGCAGUUCCAGUGCGGCUACUGCAAGAAGUCCUUCGUCAGCAAGCGUAGCAUGGAGGAGCACACCAGCCUGCACACAGGUGAGUCAAAGUACCUCUGCAACACCUGUGGAGCGACUUUCCACCGAGCCUCGGCUCUGAGCAAGCACCUGAAGAAGCACCUGCCCAGACCCGACGUCCGUCCGUUCUCUUGCGCUCACUGUGACAAGAGGUUCUACGAGGCUAAAGACCUGCAGCAGCACAUGAACAAGCACAUGGGCCUGAAGCCCUUCCAGUGCCAGGUGUGUGGGAAGUGCUACAGCUGGAAGAAGGACUGGUACUCCCACGUCAAGUCCCACAGCGUGGCCGAGCCCUUCAAGUGUAAUGUCUGUGGGAAGGAGUUCUUCGAGAAGGCUCUGUUCAGGAGACACGUGAAGAAAGCCACUCACGGGAAGAAAGGCAGAGUGAAGCAGAACCUGGAGAGAGAGUGUGAGCAGUGUGGCAGGAAGUUCACUCAGCUGAGGGAGUACCGCCGCCACGUCAACAACCACCAGGGAGUGAAGCCGUUCGAGUGCCUGACUUGUGGCGUGGCGUGGGCCGACGCACGUUCCCUGAAGCGCCACGUGCGCACGCACACGGGCGAGCGCCCGUACGUGUGCCCCAUGUGCCAGGAGGCGCACAUCGACGCCCGCACGCUGCGCAAGCACAUGGCCAAGUUCCACGGAGACAACCUGCCGGGGAAGAUCAUGCUGGAGAAGGACACGCUGCAGUUCCACAACCAGGGCACGCAGGUGGAGCACGCUGUCAGCAUCCUGGCCUCCGAGCUGCCGCCGGAGCUGAGGCCCGCCCUGCUGGAGGAGGGGGAGGGGCGGGAGGAGCAGGAGAUCGAGGAGGUGCUGAUCACAGAGGAGACGGUGGAGGGGGUGGAGACGGUGGAGACGGUGGAGACGGUGGAGGGGGUGGAGGCGGUGGAGGCGGCGGGUGAUGGCUCGGCCACGACCACACUGUCGGACCAGGGCAUCAUGCAGGUGGUGAACUACGUCCUGGCUCAGCAGGGCCUCGCCGACACCAAGAUGGAGGACAGCCCAGAGGUCAUCCAGACCAUGGAGGUGGAGGUGGCCCACGUGGCCGAAGUGGAGUGACUCGCUAGGGAGGGAGAGAGAGAGAUAAGGAGGCCAGGGAGAGAGAGAGAGAUAAGGAGGCCAGGGACAGACAGACAGACAGAGAGAGAGAGAGAGAGAGAGAGAGAGAUAAGGAGGCCAGGGAGAGAGAGAGAGAUAAGGAGGCCAGGGACAGACAGACAG